AUGUCCCAACAUUUUGAAUCAAACUUUUCGAUACGUAAUUUAUUAGCAAACGAAGACGGUAUUAACCCAGCGCUAACACCACCACCAUCUGAUAGAUCCAAGUCACGGAACGAGCUGAUGUCGCCUGACAAAGACAACUGUGGCAGUCGGCCCAACUAUUCMUACAGUGAGUUGAUAACCAUGGCAAUMCGUAGCAGUACUGAAGGCAAACUUACUUCGAAUGCUAUACAGAACUGGAUCAGUGAAAAGUUCCCUUACUAUCGCAAAGAAGAGCAUGGCUGGCAGAAUAGGUURAAGCAGACUCUGAGUACAAGCUCUUGUUUUUGCAAAAUUCGUCGGCCUAUAAAUGACCCUGGGCGUGGAUGUUAUUGGGCAAUUAGUCCAGAAGAGGGAGCACUUCAGGCUCAGCAGCCGGUUGAUGGCAGUGAGGCGGUAAUUGGGGCAAUAGUGAAUGGUGUWUCGUAUCCUCAGGCUCCAAAUGCGGUGUACUUUCCCUCGCCACAAGAAAUGCAGGAAGCUCAUCAGACCAUGUUGGUUCAGGCGCUACAAGAGCAAGAAACCUGGUACCAAUACCACUUGGAACAAGCCCAACUCAUAGAGCAGAUGAUCAUGGCGUUGCGGCAACAGCAGUUUCAACAACAAUACGAGGAAAUGCAUCAACARCUCGAAUCUCAAAAACGGCAAAUUACUUUUCUUACGGAUCAGCAAAUAUCAGCGUAG